CUUUUCUGUGAUUUUUUGUUUUCUUUCGCUGAUAUUUUUAGAAUUCACUCUAUUUUUUGACUUGUUUCCAUCAGUUCUUGUUUUCUUUCUUAUUUUGAUUAACUUGUGGAGGAAUUCUCGACCUGGAAUUCCAUUUACAUAAACAAUUUAUGGUCUCCACAGAAACCCCAUAACUAUUGUGUUCCAUGUACAUAUCUUUCUGAAAGAAGGAAAAGAAAGAAACGCAUUUUCUUUUGUCUGUUACACAGGUAGUUUUAAACCGAAAUGGAGGAAGCUUCAAAUGGGAAAAAUGAGGAGACCAAAACUGUGGAACGACAGGAAGUUCUCGAGGAAGUUGAGGUGGUCGAUUCAGGGGAUAAAUUUGUGAAAGAAGUUGUUCUUGAUAGCACUGCUGAGUCUAUGAAAGAAACUAUUGAUGAGAAUAAUUCGAGUUUAGAGGGCAGCAAUAGUUCAAAGGAAGAGGCAAAGGCUAAAGAGAAAACAGUUCAAGUGGAGGAUUCAGAGAUACUGGAAGUGGUGGAGAAAGAGGUGGUUAAUUUAGCUGUUGGGUCGGCCGAGUCUGUGGAGGAAAAAUUGGCUGAAACUAUUGAAGCAUUGGUGGAGAAAUCUGAGAACUAUGAUGUGUCUGAAGUAGAAGUGAAAGAAACCAAAGAGAAGGUUUUGGUGCCUUUGAAAGAAACUGGUGUGUUUCCUUCAGUUGUCACGGAUCAGAAUGAUGCGGAAGUACCUGAAGUGGUAUUGAAUGCAACAGAUGGAUCAUCUCUUGCUGUAAAAGAUGAAGUGUCCAAGGGAAUUGAGGAGAAUGUGUUGCAAUCUCUUGAUGGAAACAACGCGGCUCCUCCAGCUUUGACAGAGGCAGUGUCAAAGGGGAUCGAGGACGAGAAGCUGGCAGCUUUGAAGGAAAAUACUGGGGAAUCAUCUGGCAAUGUUGACAAUGAAACUGUGGAAAGUUUCGAAUCUACUACUGUAGUUGGAAGCAGCGAUGCUUUUCCUGAAAGCACAGGAGAUCCGCCUGUCAUAUCCCUUCAACAGCGUAACCUGUGUCCAUCUUGGAGGAACUGCUGUGGCCUUUUUGAAGCUCUGAGGCGAUCCAAUAGAUAAGUUAAUAUAAAGAGCAUCGUUACGGAGUGCUGUUAAGAGAGAUGGACAAAAAUUUGAGACCUGUGCUGUGGUUUCUUUCUUGUGUCACAAAUCGAAUGUAACCGGAUCUUGCAGGGGACGGGAUGAAAACUUGCCGGUUAGCCUACAGCUCAUUGGCAAUUGUGUGGUGUGGUCGUCGUCGUCGUCGUCUGUUUAUUGUAUUUCUUGUUUUUUCAAGGUAUUCUGAUUGUAUUAGAGUGAUUUGUAAUUAAGUUUGAUGGUAAAAAUCCCAUACUUUCGAGUGUAUAUUUAUAAAACAUAAUUUAUUGAUCAAUGAGAAAAGAGGUACAUUGACGAA